CCAGCAAAAGAAAUUGUUGUUCUGGAUGGCCCAGUUUGUCUUCAAAGGGAAGACUUUUGGAGCCUGGGGCUAGAUGAACAGGUGGAGAGCAGUAUUGGGAAUGCGUGCUUCAGGCUGGUAGAGGAGGCAGGCAGGAGACAUACAACUUGCAGGAGCAGUGGCUAAUGGACCGUGGGUGGAGAAGACGGGCAAAGAUUUUGAUCCAUUUCCAGUUCAGUCAGAUGGACAGAGCUGUGGGAUAUUCAUGCUUAUGUAUGCCCUCUGCAUCUGUACUGGUGCCAUGUUUCACUUUUUGGAUACUGACAUACCAUCUAUUCGGAAGUGGUGGUGUCUCCAGAUUCUGGAGAAAUUCUCGAUCGCAAGGCAUGGGCAGAACUUCGGGCAGCGCUUUGCCUUCUGGACAGAGGAGGCAGAACAGCUGAUGGCAGGCACCCUACCACCUAUUUAUAGGAUUUCUCGACCCCAAAUAGUCAAGGAGGAACAGGUAGAAGUGGAGGAGCUGCCCCUCACAUUGAAACAUAUGUACCAGGCAGAAUACAUCGUGAGGAACAGUAUUGGGCUUUUCACUGGCCAGGUGCAAGAACCAUCAUACAUGUUGAUGGAUCAUGAUGACCAAAUGAAAGCGUGGAGGGUGCUGAUGGAGUCGAGGAAGUGCUAUGCCAUGGAGCCUUUCACGUUCAUUUUUGAAAACAUUCAGGACAUGGAAACCUUCAUGAUUAUUUGCAAAGACACCCUCAACCUGAGAGUAAAUGCUGGAGUUGGGGUGCACAGUCACCCCUAUACAUUUUGUUAGUGUGU